AUGAAAUCAGGCACUCGCCACAGUGCUCGUGUGAUGGCUGACGCUGGGCUGAACAGUAGUGACGUGGCUGCACCCGAUGCUGAGGGUCUUCGCUCCACAUCAAAGAAGCGCCCAUCACCGCUGUUGUUAACACCAUUGGCUAGUUUUUCUGCAGAAGAUCUAUCAAUGCUUCGACGUUCAUCACCAGAUGCGUAUCAGGCGCUUCUGCAGUAUGAGCAACUUUGUCGUCACAACACUGCAGUUAUCGAAGCAAAGGAGACAGAGCUGCGCCGAUGCAUUGACGUUGGACAGGAGGUUCUCGCGAAGAUGGAUCACUUGCAGCUGCGCUGUUCGCAACUCGCAAAGGAGCGCGACGACGCUCUAGAAACUGUAGCACAAAUUCAACGACAAACUCAUCGUCAAGAAGUGAAGACAUCUCGUGGCGAGGGUAAGGGAGUUCUAUCGUUAAUGCAACAAGAGAAUCAACAUCUCCAUAAUACGGAAAGAAAUCUUAGGGAGCAACUACAGCAACGCGAAACAGAGCUAUCGAAAUUACACAUUGGUAAUGAAAAAUUAAAGAAAGAGUUAGAUGAACAAAAGCAACUUCAUAAUGCGCUGAAGCAAGACCUUCAAGAGGCGGUGAUUGUAGCUCGACGUGCCGGAGCAAGCGCUGAGACAGCAGAAAAGGCACGGCAUGUUGCAGAGACGUCUCUUAUGGAAUUACGGCGAAAAGUGGAGGAACAGGAACGGGAAUUAAAACAAUUAUAUGUGACAAAUCGUGAGUGUCAAGAUACUUUAGUAAAACUCCAACAACAACAACAUGAGUGGACAUCAUCAUCUAUGCGGCAAUAUGAUGCAACACAGCAACCAUCUGUUCAAUUACUUGGUGCUGCUGCGCAACUUGUGGCGAUGCACAAUCAAAUGUUGGAUAUUAUUAUGAUAUCAGGACGUAUUAAUAGGAAAUCUCUUCUUUCUCCAACGGCGUUCUCACCACCUACACGGUUGCGUGUUCCAACGAAAUUGAACGCAGAGAAUGGUGUUAAUAAUAGUGGGAUGGUAGAACAACUGGAAGAUUGGCUUCUUCAAUCCCUAGAAGAAACUUCAAGGCUCGUUCCAGAAAUAACAAAUCUUUUUCAGCAAAUGGAAGAUCGACUGCGACGCUCUGAAGCUGAUCAAGAACGAUUGAAAUCUGAUCGACAGCUUGCGCUUGAUGAAGCUCAAGAUCUAGGGUUGGAGAAUGAACAUCUACGACAGUCACUUUUGGCACUUAAAGAGGAAGUGCAGUCUCUUGAUGCACAGACAGAUCAGUUGCGUGAGGUAGAGAGUUUAGAGACACGACGGCAGGCUCUCCAGCGUGUCGCUACACUUGAAGAAGCAAAACGUAUAGAACAAGAAACUUUACAGCGAGAGUUGGAGCAGGCAAGACGCCAAGGUGCUUUAGAGUUGUCCCAAUUGCAUGAACGUUUAGAAGAAGAACGAAAUGCAGUAGAACGAGAAAUUCGUUCUCUUCGAGCUGAAGUUGACCGAUGGCGUGCUGAUGAGAAGGCAGCAGCCAUAGCAGCAGCAGCGGCAACGGCAACAGCAACAGCAACAGGACGUCUAGGUUCUGCAGUAUCCCCUCCAGAAGAUAUCCAACUAAAGAUGGAACAGAGGCAGCGGGCACUACAAGGAAUGAUAGAUGAACUUGAGAUGGAAAAUCAACGACUUCGUUCUAGAAACUCACAAGAUGUUGGUCAAUUAAAGGAAGAAAUUUCUCUUCUGGAGCGAGCGGUCCAAGAUGGAAAGACACGAUACCAUCGACAGAUGCAGCAACACGAAGAAGAAAUGGAAAACAUAAUGCAAAAGCAGCGUGAUGAACUUCAGCGACUACGUAAUGCAGAAACAACUGCCCUCCGACGCGCUGAAGGACUACAACAAGAAAUAGAACUUAUAAAUGUUACAGUGCAGGAAUUGCGGGGAAAACUUCAAGUUACUCAACAGGUAUCAGAUCAGCAACAACAACAGCUGAAAGACGAACUUAGACAGACACGUGAUGAGCUUGAGAGAGUGACAGCUCAGGUACAAGAGACGGUAGAGAAGCAACAAGAACAAGAAAGGUUUUACAAGGCAGAAGUACACCAACUAACUACAGAAAAAACCCAGAUACAAGAACAACUUAAGAGUUUAUCCCCUUUUAGGGAGUCCGAUUUGAUAACUGAGCAGUAUAUGAAAGAUGUGGAAGCAAAGGAUGCAACUAUUGCUUCUCUUAACCGUCAGUUGCGAGAAGCUGAAAUAGGAGCAGCUAAGUUACAAGAUGCUUUGCAUCGUUCUUCUCAAAAGGCAAAAGAGGCAUUUGAUUCUUCAGUUCCUGUUGACCGCUAUGAAGAACUUGAGACAGAAUUGAUGCAAGAACGAGAAAAUGCGGAAUCUCUUGCGAGUUCUUUAGCUAUAGCAGAAACUCAGAUGCAGAAUCUUCGUACACGUUUGAACGAUCAGCAACAACGUAUAAGAGAUUGCUUGAGCAUGAUGCCACCGAAUCCUGCACGUAGAUGUUCAAGAGCUGCUUCAAUAUUGCAAGCAGCUGCAAAAAAAUCAACGGCACGACUUCUAGCUGUUCUUGAAGAAGAAGAGCGGCAUCCUUCAUUGUUAUUUCCUUCCCCUAGUUCCACACGUGAUAAUGAGGAUUUAGCAAUUCGGUUGUCAAAUCAUGAAACUGAAACUCCUACAGGAGGCGUUCAGCAGCCAUCUGGGUUGUCCCCAAUUCCAGUAUCACCACGACCUCCAUUACAUAGUCCUCAGAAAUCAUCACCUCUACAACAAGUACAACGACAAGAACAAGAACAAGACAUUGGACGAAGUAUUAGUCGUACUCUUUCUCCUCCAACUUCACCAGUGUUGGAUGAUUUAAGUCCUCCUUCUGUGCAAGGUGUGUGGCAAGACAAGGAACAAGCGGUGACGUCAUUUUCCUCUGCGCUUGAACGAUUCAUCACUGAUUUAACCACCUCCAUGGAUCAAGUGUUACUCCAGCCUUAUACUCACUUUUUUGAGUCUCUGCAUCAACUUCGCCAGUUAUUUUCAGAAUCACCAAAGGAAGUUGACACAACCUUUGAACCUCAAAGUGUUAAAGAGAAUAGUAGUCAGAGUGAGAAUAACAAGGGUAAGGAUGAUACAGGAAUGAAAGAAGGUGAAUUUACCGGUGUUAUUAAAGCUGGACUGGAGCGGUGUGACAGCGCCUCUGAAGAUGCUUUGUGGUGUGCGGUGUCCGGUGGCAUCAUUGAUGCUUAUGUGGAUACGUGUGCGGCGGUGUUCCAGCGGGUGCGCCGCAGUGCUGCUAGUUACCAGCGAGAGGAGGACCUCCUGCGGUCUGGGCAGCGGACCGGCACGGGGAGUUCCGUUCGUGUGCGGCGGCCCGCCGGCGACGUGUUGAGUAGCCAGCGGGAGUUGGAGGCGCAGUUGGCAGCCGCAGCAGCGCGGCUCACAGCGGCCCAAGAAACCGCGCGGGAGGCGGAAGGGCGGGCCGACGACGCCGCCGCGCGCUGCCACGAACUCGCCACCCGCGUGGAGCAUCUCGAGCACCGCCUCGCCGCCGGGCAGCGGGAGUGGGAGGCGGAGCGGCUGCAGUGGCGAAACACUGUAGGAGAUCUGCAAUCAGAGCGGGAGGAACGACGCAGGGAAAGGCUGGAACAGCAACAACAACAGCACCGUCAAGAGAUUGAACGACUCGAACAGGAGCUACAGGAGGCACGUUUAUCACAAUCAAAGGCUAGUCAUGCGUUAAACGAAAUUCGUGAGCAACUUGAGGCAUCAAAUGUGCUUAUACAGGAACGACAGAAUGAGGAGGCGGCGAGGGCAAGGAAAGCAGAAAGAACUAUUGAGUCACUGCAACAACAGUUGCGGAAUGCACAGAUAUCACAUCAAACCUUGCAGAAAUCUCUUUUAACAGAGGAACAACGAAGUGCAGCUGCAGAUGAACGCUCUGAUAUAGUUGCCCAACAACUUGCAGAUUGUCACCGCCAUAUACGAGAAUUAGAGGAGAAAAUUGCUGAACUUCAAGAAGCGUGGUUGCUACAGCAACGAACGUUGGAUGUAGAGUCAAAGAAGACUGAGGCGUUACAGAAAGUAAAUCGUCUGUUAGAAGAACGUUUGUCAGAGGUUGAAGGUGACAGGGAGCCUCUGCGACAGCAACUGCAAAGUUUAUUGCUUCUGCAGCCGUGCGAAAACGACUAUCAUCUUACCUCUGCUAAAUAA